AGUAAACUCGAGCUUUUGGAGCAAGAAUUAAAGAGCAUCAAAGAAGCUGUUCAUCCGAGGAACAAUGGAGAGACAACAUGGAGUCCCUCAAAUUCCCACGCGAGUAAUCCCAUGUUUCCAGACUCGGCAAACCGACUUGCUUCAAUCACCAACACAUCCAUCCUCUCAGCGCCAGCUCCUCUACAGGACUCAUCAUCAAACCAGCCCACAAAUACAACUACAGCUUAUGAAAAGACCGGACCGACAAAGCCUCGUGUCCUCGGCGAUAGACUUUUGCCCGGCGAAGACAUUGACUGGUACUUUGAAAACCGUCGAUACGCUAGGGAUGAGAAUAUCUUUACCACCCUCGUCGACCGCCUCAACCGCGAUGUCUACACUCUCCUCGCUGCCGUCGCCUUGGAUCUCGAGGCUAUCCACGCCAUUCUCAUCAUCUGCGCCUGGCCUUUCCCGACUAUCAGAUUCGUGACAGAUCCGUCACCGCUGCUCAUUAGCGUCGCUUUCAGCUCGUGUAUGCUCCUCGGUCUACACACCGGUCGCGGAUCUCACUCUAGGUUCUUGAUCGGUGGUCGGCAGAACCUAACCUCGACAGAUCAUGAGGCGUCAGUGACUUGGAUAUUCUGCUGCAUCCUGUCACAGAAGAUUGCUACAGGGAGUGGAACGCCGCCUCCCUUUAUACAACACGAUGACACUCAAUGCAAGAACAUCGUCAAAGAUACCCUUGCACCAGAACUACUUACUCUAUUCGAGCUACAAAAGUUCUCUAACCGUCUACAUACAGCCAUGGCUGCCCAAAUCUCUGCACACAGCGGGGUCUCUGAAGCAGUCGUCAAAAACUGGGAGGACGAGUUUGAGCUGGUCAAGCCAAUUGUCACAAGAGUCGAGACAGAUUGCUCCCGCUUCAUGAUCCUCUCGACCCAGCUUGAAGUCCAAUCCUAUUACUUCCUCUCACCUCCAACGCUUCGUCCCAACUUUGCGCUCAACGCGCUCCGCGCCUACAGCACCUCCCAUGACCUCAUCAACACAGCCAUAGCGCUCGAGACUGCCUCGCAGUUCCUCACACACGGCACUCACUGGAUAUACCGCUCUGCCGUCGACGCCGGUUGCAUCCUCCUCUCGACACUGCAUUCGACCGCUGCCCCGCGCCACCUCACCCCAGCCGACGCCGACGCCCUCGCUAUGCGUGUUCGCUCCGUUCUUCAAGGCUGCUCCGUCCGUGAAUGCGACCUCCCUGCGCGGGGCUCCGAUGCGUUGCAUGAGGCAAAGAGAAGCACAGAGGGCGUGAGCAGAGGCUUAGAGGCAUUUCGUAAACUACAUGUUGACUGUUACACAGAUACCAAUCCGCCAGUCACUAAUACGGAUGAAAAUAACAAUCAAGAUAAUACCCUCAACAGCCCUCAUGAUCCGUUUCAAGGUAUCGACUGGUCCAUGGUGAUAGACGACUUUGGAUGGGCUGGAGACACACCCGUAUUUUUAGGACCCCCAUAG